CUGAGCAGCUUUCAUAUCCUCUCAUGUAAUACACAUGUAUAAAAUGAACUGGACUGUAACGUACCUGUUAGGUGAAACGACAGCUCACUGACAUCAUGCCAACGACAAACAGAAAGAAGCAGAAACAGGGGAGAGACACUGCGGUACAGGGAACCAAUGACAACAGUGUGGUGAGCAAGGUGUCUGCUGCAGCACAGGGCUACUUCCAGGAUGCCUUCCUUCAACACUUUGUCUCCAAAGUGGCCAGGAGAGCCCCGCUCAUUAACAGGGGUUACUAUGUGCGCUGUAGAGCUGUGGACCACUGUAUAAAGAGGUUUCUACAGAUGACUGAAAACUGCCCCGUAAGACAGAUUUUGUCUUUGGGCUCAGGGUUCGACUCUUUGUAUUUUCGGCUACAUGCGGAUGGAGCACUGGACAGGGCUGUUGUGUUUGAAGUGGAUUUCUCGGAUGUCACUCGGCGGAAGGCUGCUCUCAUCGCUUCGAAUAGUACACUGCAGGGCAUGCUAGACCCCGAUUUACCUUCUCUUACAGGCCCUUUAUAUGUGUCCAGUAGUCAGUACCGUCUGUUAGGUGUGGAUGUUAGAGAGGACUCUCAGGUGGAGGAGGCUCUCGGGGCAGCUGGGGUGGAUUGGACUGCUCCUACUCUAAUUCUCUCUGAAGUGGUGCUUACCUACAUGGAAACAAAAUGGUCAGAUGCCGUCAUUAGUUGGGCAGCAAAGCUCCUGCCCCUGUCGCUUUUCGUGAUGUAUGAGCAGAUCCACCCCCACGAUCCUUUUGGUCGGAUCAUGCAAGAUCAUUUUCUAAAACUGAAUUCAACUCUACAUGCCCUCCAACAAUACCCAGACACUGCUGCACAGACACACAGGUUCCUGGACAAGGGCUGGGAGCAGUGUGUGUGUCUGGAUAUGAAUGACUUCUACCUGAAGCUGGUUCCUGAGGAGGAGAGACACAGAGUAGAGAGGCUGGAGCCUUUUGAUGAGUAUGAGGAAUGGCACCAGAAAUGUUCCCACUAUUUCAUCCUCACUGCAUCUCGAGGUUCUUUGACAGCACAGGCUUUACUCACGCACCCUCCAGUGUCAUCCAUAAGCCUAUCUUGGAGCCCUGUAGCUCUGGUUGUGAGGACAAUACCAAUUAGAAUAGAGGAGCUGGGGAUGGCGUCCACCUUGGUGAACACAGGGCAGGUUCUGUUAACAGGAGGCUCCAGCAGAGUAGGCAGGGGGGCAAUAGCUAGGGUCCUCCUCAGAGGCCUCGAAGGCUGGAGAUCUGUCAGUGUGGAACCCUCAGUAGAUUUGGGUGUCCGAUUAUACCACACAGCAACCCCUGUCCCUGGAGGGGGUACUGUGGUAUACGGAGGUCGCUCCUCUCCACUCAACCCAGUUAGAGGCCUUUUCAAAGUAACACUUCAUCCCUGUGAUCCACCUGGUUCUGUAAACUCAGAGGACCGAGAUACAGUGAAACUUUGUGAGGAGCAAAUAGACUAUACGGGUAAUCCACCACCACCAAGAUGGAGACACACUGCUACAACGGUCAGCCACAAAGGCAAAGACUUCCUGUUUGUGUUUGGUGGAAAGAACGAGUCAGAGGCUGCUCUGGGUGAUUGCUACUUUUUGUGUCUAGAGCAGCAGCACUGGACUGAGAUCCCAGUACAGGGUGUAGCCCCAGAGGCCCGCCAUUCCCAUUCAGCAUGUCCAUACCAAGGAGGUGCAGUAGUGUUUGGAGGACUUGGGAAAAGGGGAGUGCCACUGGGGGAUACAGUAAUGUUAAGGCCCAUUGAGAGAGGCUUCUGCUGGGAAAGAAUAGAAGUGAAGCCCUCUCCUUUUCCCAGAUACUCCCAUUCUGCCCAUGUGAUUGGUGAAAAGCUGGUUGUGGUGGGUGGAGUUUGGCUGCAUUCAGAUGGUGUACCCGGUGUUGUCGUGAUCAACCUCACCACAGGCAGCAGUGUGGAGUUCAGCCUGGACACGACCUCAGUGCCAUGGCCUCUCAUGCUCCACUCCUUCUGCUCGGAGCUGACGGACCAAAAAAACCAAGAGCUGCUGCUGAUUGGCGGAGGAGGAAACUGUUUCUCCUUUGGGACUCAUUUCAACCCUCAGCCUGUCACUGUGGACCUGAGACCUGUGCUGGGAUAAAGUAUCUUCUUUGAGACUGAAAAGGAGCCUCGAAUAAGCCACAUAGUUAAAUACAUAAACUUGAAUUAUUUGAGGAACUUUCUAUAGAGCUUA